AUGUCAACCAAAAAUAAAAACACUAAAAUCAGUAAAAUUCUCGACCAAAUUGAUAUCGAUCAACUCAAAGUAUUAAUCGAUGAAGUUGGUGUUGUUGUACUUCAAAUUAAAAAUUAUGGAACUCUUAAUAUCGGAAAUCCAGAAUUUGAUGAAAGCUCUCAAGAAGAUUCUGAAUCUAGUUAUACUACUUCUGAAAGUGAUUCUUCUUAUUCAUCUGAGGAAUCUUCUUAUUCAAGUGAAUCUGACGAUGAAGAACUUCCAGUCCAACAAGAGCAAGAGAAAAUUAAUCCACCAAAUUCUGUUAAUAAUGACAAAAUAAUUCAAUCACAAAACAAAGGGUCUGAUACAAAAAAUAUUACUAAAGAAGAAAUAAAUAAAAAUGAAAAGGAAAAAACAAAGAAAUUUGAAGAAGAACAAUUAAAAAAGGCACAAGAGGUAAUUCAGAAAAAGGUUAAUGCUUGUAGUGUACCUAAGAAAGUACUUCGCGUUGAAGAGAUUGAUGAAGAUGAUGAUGUUUUUACAAAAAAUGAAAGUGAGACUUUGAAAGCUGCAGAGUAUGUUGCACAAACAAAACAAUUACAAAAUGGAACAAAUAACCCCGUUAUUGAUAAAGAAUUAGCAAUGGGAUAUUUAUAUGUUAAUAAUAAUAGAGUUAAAGAAGCUGUUGACUAUUUUACUGUUUUCUUAAAGAAAUAUCCUAAUGUUGUUGGAGCCUUUUUAGGAAGAGGCACCGCAUUAGCAAUGUUAAGUAAUUUUGAAAAAGCAAUUCAAGACUUUACAUCUGCUAUUAAAUGUGAUCCAAAAUGUGGAGACGCAUAUAAAAGAAGAGGACAAACACUUGUUGCUUGUGGAAAGUUGUAUGAAGGACUUGAAGAUUUUAAUAAGGCUAUUGAACUGUCUAACGGUAAAGAUGGUGACUGUUACGCACAGAGAGGAAGUGUUUAUCAAAUGCUUAAAAACUAUGAAAAAGGAAGAGCUGAUUUCAGAGAAGCUGUUAGAAAGAAUUCAAUGGACUUUAAUUCAUGGAAUCAUCUUGGGUUAAAUAACAACGCCCUUGGAUUAGUUGCUGAGGCAGCUGAUGCAUAUGCACGAGCAUUACAAAUUAAAGAUGAUUUUAUUGAAUGUUAUGUAAAUUUAGCUCAAUUACAUAAAGAUGCAGGCAAUUUCCAACGAUCAAAAGAUGUUUUCAAUAAAUUGUUCAGAAUGCAACCAAAUCAUUCUAAUGGACAUUAUAUUUGUGGAGUUCUUUAUCAACAAUCUGGAUAUCAUUUAGCUGCUAUUAAAGAAUUUACACUUGCUAUUGAUAACCGUACUGAACCAAUUUCUGGAAUUGAAAAAGAUCCAGAAAGAAUGUGUGAAGCAUGGAGAUAUCGUGGUGUCACUAGAUCUGCUUCUGGUCAGUUUAGAUUAGCUGUAGAAGAUUUUGAACGUGCUAUGGAACUUAAAAGUGAUGACACUGCAUGGUAUAUGAAGGAAAUUGCAUUAUAUACACAUCAUCACUUAAACAAAUCGUUUGAAGAAUGGGACUUAGAAUCUUUUUAUCCUUUCUUUAAAGAAGGAUUUUGCAAACACCUUAUCCCUGCUGCACUUCAUAGAUAUGAAGAACAACCACCAUUUGAAGAAAGUAUAUCUGAUGUUGAUGAAAAAUCACUUCCAAGUCAAAACGUUAUUAAUAGAAUUAUUAUUCCUGCAAUGAACAUUGGUAAAUAUAUGCAAUACGACUCUCAAGGUUUUGUUCACAACAAAGCACAAUAUCUUAUGGCUGGUAUGGCUGCAAUAGAAAUGGCUAAAAAGAUAAGGGAUGUUCUUCCUGAAUGGGUAUUUGGUGGAUUAACUGAAGAACAAGCAAAACCAUAUAUUGGUAAACUUCAUUGGAGAGAUGUUAUGAAAAUAGCUGUUAAGUGGAGACAAAUAUCAGAGCCAAAUGACCCAGUAUAUUGGAUUGAUUUAUUGACUCAUGAACAAUUUGAAGAGGGAUUUGGAUCUCACACACCAAUGUUCAUUGGACAAACAAGAGUUGUACGAUAUUAUUGUCAAUAUCAACGUGCAUUUGAAAUCGUAAAGAAAUUACUUCCUGAGCAAUUAAAGAUUAAAGAAGAUUGGGCUGAAAAAGUUAAAGCAGCUAAAAAUAUCCAAGAUAUCCUUGAUGUAAUGAAAAGCGAUUUCCAUGUCACAACACCUUGCAAAUCUUUGUACUUUGAUGACCCUGACAAACCUGGUACUAAGAGAACCUACGAAGGAACAAGAUUAGUUGUUGAAAUUAAACAACCAGGAUAUGAAUUUGCUAUUAAAACACCAUGUACUAUGCCAAGGUGGAAAUUGUAUGACGAAGAAUUAACAGAAUGUUGGAAGAACAUUGUUAGAUUAGUACUAACAAGAAAAGGAAAAAAGGGGGAGGAUGAAGCUUUAUUAAGAGCAAUGUUUGAUUUCACUUUCUAUUGGUAUAACUUCAUGCCAUUAAGUCGUGGAACAGCUGCAACAGGUUUUGUGUUUAUGUUAGCUAUGCUCGCGUCACUAAAUUAUCAAAUCAAUAAACACAUCCCAAAAGGAAUGCAAACUGAUUGGGAAGCCAUUUUAUGUGAUGAACCAAAGAAGUUUGAAGACGUAAUGAUGGGAUGGAUGAAAGAUUCAAUAACUCAAUUUGACGUUGAAUCAGUUCCUGACUUCAAAAGGGUAUUACCCAAUGUAAGAAGUAUUAUCGAAUGCUUCAAUUAUUGUCCACAAGUCAAAUGCGAAUAA